AUUCGAAUUUUUAUAAUUGUAUCUUUAAUACGAAACUAUAAGGGCUAGACGCAUAAGAAUCAACCAGUUUGUGUCAUUUUUUAAGCAAAUUAAGUAUCGAAUUCGUGUUGUAAAAAUCAUCAUAAAUUAACGUCCAAUGACGACGAUUCGCAAGAAAUUGGUAAUUGUCGGCGACGGUGCCUGCGGUAAAACUUGCCUUCUGAUUGUCUUUAGCAAAGAUCAAUUCCCCGAGGUGUAUGUACCCACUGUGUUUGAGAACUAUGUGGCCGAUAUCGAAGUUGAUGGUAAACAGGUGGAGCUGGCCUUGUGGGAUACGGCCGGGCAGGAGGACUACGACAGACUACGACCGCUGAGCUAUCCGGACACAGAUGUAAUACUGAUGUGUUUCUCAGUGGAUUCCCCCGAUUCACUAGAAAAUAUUCCUGAAAAGUGGACCCCAGAGGUCAAACACUUUUGUCCAAAUGUUCCAAUCAUUUUGGUAGGAAAUAAGAAAGAUUUGCGAAAUGAUCCCAACACAAUUCGGGAUCUCGCAAAAAUGAAGCAGGAGCCUGUUAAGCCGCAGGAGGGACGCGCCAUGGCCGAGAAGAUAAAUGCCUUUGCCUAUUUGGAAUGCUCGGCCAAGUCCAAGGAGGGUGUCCGGGAGGUGUUUGAGACGGCAACCAGGGCUGCGUUGCAGGUUAAAAAGAGGAAGAAGACCAGAUGCCUUUUGCUCUAAAAGA